AUGAAACAUAUUCAAAAAACCAAUUAAGAUGCACUCGAAUUUCAUAUUACUAGAAAUGCCUAGUUUUAUCAACCAAACAUCAUAGAAGAUAAAAACCUAACUUGCACAUUACCUAAAAUAAUCACAUUAGAGGAUAUUAAAUUAGUAUCUUCUACUUAAGUCUCUGGAGAUGGUCAUAUUAAUCCAGUUUUGAUCAUUUGUUCUGGAUGCCAAAAUAAAGUAUUUAUUAUUUUGUUAGAAGGUUCAAACCGUACUUACUCAUCAUUCAGGUAAAUCCACUAUUUUUGUUGGAUUCCUUCUAUUCAUUUGCUCAUUUGGAUUUUUUUGUGUGUCUUGUAUUCCUUGUUGUUUAGACGAUUGCAAAGAUAUUAGACAUAAUUGUCCAAAAUGUUAAAAAAUUUUAGGUAAAACCUCAUUUAACAUACUCAAAUGA